GCUGCUCCACUGACUCUUUUUAAGGAACUGGUGCUGGGAAGCUAAUGACGCCUCCACAACCACCAGCAAGAUCACCAACAACCGAACUUACAAGCAAGUCCGGAGUCCCAGCCUGGGCGGCACUUCAUGACCCUUACCCACCUCUUAAAAAUGGAAAUAUGCAUAUCAUUGAUGACUUUGAAUCUAAAUUUACCUUCCAUUCUGUGGAAGAUUUCCCCCCACCUGAGGAAUUCAAGCCAUUUCAGAAAAUUUAUCCCAGCAAGAUAGCUAGAGAUCCCUCUAAAAAUCCUCCAUUAAGAACACACGUGAGAUGAGAAGAGUCUUCUGAUGCUGUCUGGAUUGGUAUUAAAAAUGGAGAAGAUCAAGAUAAUAUAUGAAACAGAAGGGGAUACCCUUUACAAUGAUAGAGAUUAUAUUUGAAUUGCAAGUGCUGCAAUGUUGACGCUUCUGUAAACUGGAAGAUAAAUUUAAAUGACACUUUUUAACCUUGCCUAUCCACCACAAGAGUGUUAGCACAGGCUUUUAAAUUAUUG